GGACAUUGUUUUAAGGCGCCGUGGUUUUUCUUCGGUGUUUGCCUUGGUAGCCUUCGCCGCCGCCGAAAGAUGCCGGAACCCUCGCCGAAGUCGGACCGUGCUUCUCCCUCACUUCCAUUGCAGGUUGCUGAUUCCCUGGCCGACGAUUGCGUGUCCCCGGAGGAGGAUCGAAGGGAGAUCGGAGAAGAGGGCGAGAGAGUGGCGGAAGAGGAACGAGACGAGGGGCGGCGACGCGAUGACGAGGUCAAUGAUACAAGCAAAAAACAGGAAGGCUGUUGCAAGAAUCCAAAGUCAAUUUCUUCCAAUUCUGAGAGAUCUUUUGUCAAUUCAUCAAAUUCUCAUGCCCAGUAUUUUAGGGAUGGUGAUCUUGGCAAUGGUUCUCCAUCUAAGUUGCAUUACAAAAAGACAUCUGAAGACAAAAAUGAAGAGCUCUGCCAACCUAAAAAAAGGCCAUGGAGUUCUCCUUUUAUUCAGCAUGAACGUGAAAAUAAAAAUCCUGCAAUUGUUUGCGAUUUUUUUGCUCAAGGUUGGUGCAUCAAGGGAAGUUCUUGUAGAUUUCUUCACAAGAAAGACGUGGUUGGCGACUCUGGUCUGGAGACACAGGAAGGCAUAUCGGACAUGCCAAUUUCAGAAUAUUCAACAAAACCAGAUUUCCAUUUACAAAGGUCUCUUGUCAGAACGUACGGCAAGGAAAUGCAUGGAUUGUCUGAAUUCAAGAGCCAUGAUAUUCUUCAUGCAUCAAAGAACUUUUGUGAUGAGCAUUUUCAAUCUGGCAGUGGUAGGACAUCUGCUCUCCUAUGCGAUGAAGUAAGACAGGAAUCAAUGUUCCAAAGAAAAAACACAAUAACAGGACUAGUACCUAUGGUUGAUUUUACUGCUGAUAGAUACUCAACUAGUGGAGAGAUUUCAUCAAGACAUUUUUCAAAUGAAAGAAUGAUGUACAAGGAAAUGCCAAUUGGCGAUCAUAGAAAUGAUGCAUCUUCUUUGACAGAAAACCCAUUAAUUUCAGAAUCUGUUUUGUUCUCUGGUGUAUCAUCUACACCAAUCGAUGUCCACAGAGAUAGCGACGAUGCCUAUUCUUUUGGAGAAAAGCCAGAUGACCUUUCUGGACAACAUCGAGGGAGCUGCUUCACAAUUCAUGAUUCUUCUUGUCUAACAAGUUUCAAGUCAAAUUUUGACAACUCUACUUAUUCAAUUCAGGGAUCUGCUGCAACUGAGUCACUUCAUUCAUUUGCUCAAGCAGGCACAAGAUUUAUUCAUGGACUUCCAGUAAGUGAUGAACGCGGAGAUGUCCAUACAAUGUUAAACCACUGCAGCAAUUUCACUACUUAUGGACAGCCAAAUGUUGCUGGGGAUUCGUUGUCUCGGCUGCAACAAAAUCUUGAAGAGAACACUUGGGAAAACUCUAUACCUUUUCAACCGUCAUUUUCCUUUGCUUCUUUUAUUGAAUCCUGUUCCGAUAGCCAAUUUGAUGCCCUUGGCAGCAACAUUGGUCAUCCAAAAGAAGUCACAACUCCUGUAUUAGCUGGAGAUUUUAAACCAGGAUAUGAUGCCAACAAAUCUGCAAAUUCUUUUACUUCUGCUAGCGACACAGCUACUGUGGCUCCUGGUCUCACCACAAAUGACGAGAAAGGGAACAUCCCUCGUAUGACUGAUCCUGCUCCUAUUAAUGAUGCAAAAGUUGACAAUAACAUGAGAGAUGUAAACAAUUUAGAUAAUAAUAUUAUGGAAUCAAAGUCAAUGAAGAUGGUUUAUGCAGCUUUGGUGGAAUUCUUAAAGGAAUUGCUAAAGCCAUGGUGGAAGGAGGGUCACUUGAGUAGGGAUACCCAUAAGUUGAUAGUUAAGAAGACAACAGAGAAAGUCUUAGGUGCAUUGCAACCCCAUCAAGUCCCUAAUAGCCCGUUGUCAAUACAACAAUAUUUAUCCUCCUCCAGGCCAAAGCUUUUGAAACUAGUGGAGGCCUAUGUGGAUAAAUAUACUCAAUCCUGACAUGACUGCUCUUCUCGUGGAUCUGAUCUCUUCUUUCGGUGGGUAUUAUAAACUUACAUUCAUGCUUACUGCUUAUGGUAAGCACGCAAACCUUUUCCCCUCCAUUUCGAUCCAGUUUUUCCUGGAUUAUGUAUACUUUUUAAUUGUCAAAGUCAUAGCGAGAAAUUGUAACAUUAAAUUUGGAGUUAAGGAAUGGCCAAAGGCCAUGGAUAAUUAAGGAUAUUUCGUGUUAAAUGGAUGCACAUACUGAAGAAAGUUGGUUUGUGUUCUACUCGAUGUUUUAAAGGGCAUAUGUAGACGUAUUUAAAGUGUUUAAGGGAUUUUAAAUGUCAAAUUAGAAGGUAAAAAGUGAUUUGACCCGAAAGGAAACAAAAGGUCAAAUCCGAUAUAAGAGGUUUUGUAUAUUCUUAUUAAUGGUCAACUCUACCAAGAAUUGACCUUUGACGUUCGGGAGCAAGAAGAUCA